AUGGGCAAGCUUGGAUUCUCCUCUUACCAGAAAUGCACCGCGGCCAUCCGCAUGCUUGCAUAUGGAAUUUCAGGCGAUCUGGUGGAUGAGUAUGUGCGUAUGAGUGAGUCCACAUGUCUGGUAUCACCGUACAACUUCUGCAGGGCCGUGGUGGCAGUGUUUGGCCCUGAGUACUUGAGGCAGCAAAAUGCCGCUGAUACAGAAAGGUUGUUGGCGACCAACGCAGCUAGAGGCUUUCCAGGCAUGCUUGGCAACAUAGAUUGCACUAGGAGUGGAAGAAUUGUCCAUUUGCUUGGCAGGGCCAGUUCUCACAAUGGUAUCAACGUGCUGCAGCGUUCUCCAGUCUUCGCAAGGCUUGCAGAAGGCCACUCCCUACCUGUCAACUUUGAGAUCAACGGCCACCAGUACAACAAGGGAUACUACCUAGCUGAUGGUAUAUAUCAUCAGUGGUUAACUUUUGUGAAGACAAUCUCGAACCCCCAAGGUGAGAAGAGAAAGAGAUUUUCUCAAAUGCAAGAGAGUGCUAGAAAGGAUGUGGAACGUGCUUUUGGUGUGCUUCAAUCCCGAUGGGGUAUCGUUCGAAACCCUGCACUGACAUGGGAUGAAGGGAAGCUUUGGGAGGUGAUGACUGCUUGUGUGAUCAUCCACAACAUGAUCGUCGAGGAUGGGCGUGAUAACAACAUCUUCGACCAAGGACUUGAUUUUCAAGGUGAAAAUGUUGAGCCCCUGCACCAAGAACCGGCCACGUUUGAACAGUUUACCCAAUUUCAACGUGAACUGCGUGAUUGGCACACUCAUUUGGAUCUUCAAAAUGACUUGGUUGAGCACGUGUGGACUCACAUUGGCAACCAAUAA